UUCUGUCCCAGCCUCCGGACACCUGGGUCCCUCCCAGGCUGGCUUCCCCCGUCCCCGUGCGUGCCAGCGUAGGUGCUGGGAUGGAGGAGGAUAAUCCCAAACAGGAAGGGGCUGCAGGAAGGGAGCCUUAUGGGAUGUCCCAGAACGCUGAGCAGGGAGAGGCCAGCGGGGCUGGACGGCAGCAGGAGACAGAGGUGAUAUCUCCGGAUGAGACGGACAUCAGGGUGGUGACAGAGCACAACCACACCCAGGCUGAGGUGCGCCCGUACAGCUGCUUGGACUGCGGGAAGAGCUUCAGCCAGAGCUCCCACCUGGUUCAGCACCAGCGCACCCACACGGGCCAGAAGCCCUACAAGUGCACUGAAUGCGGGAAGUGCUUUGUCCUCAGCUACAACCUCAUUGAUCACCAGCGCAUCCACACCGGGGAGCGCCCCUACAAGUGCGGCCAGUGUGGGAAGGGCUUCAUCCGGAGUUCCCACCUCUUCCAGCACCAGCGCAUCCACACGGGCGAGCGGCCCUACCAGUGCACCAAGUGCGGGAAGAGUUUCAACCGCAAUUACACCCUGGUGAAACAUUACCACACCCACGUCAGGGAGCAGCCCUUCAUCUGCAGCGAGUGCGGGAAGAGCUUCAGCCUCGGCUCCUUCGCCCAGCACAUCCGCACCCAUACGGGUGAAAAGCCCUACAGCUGUGCCGAGUGCGGCGAGAGUUUCAGCAGCAGUUCCAACUUGAGCCAACAUCAGCGCAUCCACACUGGGGAGAAACCCUACAGCUGUGGCCACUGCGGGAAAAGCUUCAGCCAGAGCUCCAACCUCAUCAAGCACCGGCGCAUCCACACCGGAGAGAGACCCUACAGCUGCCCUGAGUGUGGCAAGACCUUCAACCAGAGCUCAUCGCUCAUGCAGCACCGGCGGAUCCACCGCAGCGAGCGGCCCUACGAGUGCACUGAGUGCGGGAAGCGCUUCAUCGACAGCUCCAAGCUCAACAAGCACCGGCGCACCCACACCGGUGAGCGGCCCUACAAAUGCACCGACUGCGGGAAGGGCUUCAGAGACAGCUCUGCCCUCAUGAAACACCAGCGGACCCACGCCAAGCAGAUCCACACUGGGGAGCGACCCUACAAAUGCCCCGACUGCGGGAAGAGCUUCGGUGUGAGCUCCAACCUUCUCCAGCACCAGCGCAUCCAUUGGGUGGAGCGACCCUACAGCUGUGCCAACUGUAAGAAGAGCUUUGGCCACAGCUCCCUCCUGGCCCAGCACCAGCGCAGGCAUAUGGACGAGAGACCCUACAAGUGUGGGGAGUGCGGGAAGGCUUUUGGGGUGAGCUCGGCUCUGAUCCGACACCAGCGGAUCCACACGGGUGAGAGGCCUUACCAGUGUCUGGUCUGUGGGAAGAGCUUCAACCUUAGCUCCAACCUCUUCACCCAUCGCAGGAUCCACUGGGACGAGAAACCUUAUAAAUGCCCUGAAUGUGGGAGGAGCUUCAGCCAGAGCUCAAGCCUCAGCCGCCACCAGAUCAGCCAUACGGGAGAACGACCAUACAAAUGCCCUGAGUGUGGAAAGUGCUUCAACCAGAGCUCCCUCCUGAUCCGGCACCAGCGGAUCCACACAGGGGAGCGACCCUACAGAUGCUCCCAGUGCUGGAAGAGCUUCCUACGGAGCUCCCAGCUGAAGAGACACCAGAGAGUUCACACUAGGUAGGGGGCAGUGAUUGAUGACUCUCUGUAGCAGUUCUACAGACCAACCAGGAUCACUUGGAUAAUUGGGAUCGUCUCAACAAGAUGUGUUUUAAGACAGUCAAAUGCAAUACUGUACAAUCAGGAAUGUAUUUUGCAUUUACUGAGUGAAGGACUGUAUCCUGGGACACAGUGACUCUGAAUAGGACUUACGGGUCCUGGUGGAUAACCAGUUGACUAUCAACUCCCAGUGUCAUGCCCUAGCUAAGAGGGUAACGUGAUUCUUCGAUCUAUAAACUGAGGAAUAUUGAGUAGCAACGGAGAGGGGGUAUCACCUCUGUAUGCGGCAUUGGGGAGACCAUUGUGGGAGACUGCAUCCAGUUCUGGAAUGCACCCUUCAGAAAGGGUGUUGACAAAGGAGAAAGGGUUCAGAAAAGAGCCACAAGAACAAUGUGAGGUCUGGGAAACCUUCUUUGUAGUGAGCCACUAAAGAGGUUUGAUCUAUUUAGCUCAUCCAAGAAAAGAUGAGUCGAUGACUGGAUCCCAGUACCUACAUGGGGAGGAGAAUUCUGAUAUCAGAAGGUUCUUCAGAGUAGCAGCCAAAGGCUAAAUGAGAUCCAAUGGCAGGAAGCUGAAGGGAGACAAAUUCAGACUGGAAAGAAUGUGUGAAUUUCUAGCAGCGGGGAAAAUUAACCACUGGAACAACUCACUGAGGGAUGUGGUGGAUUCACCUGGAGUCUUUACACCAAGCCUGGACAACUGUAAAAGCUCUGCUCUAGCACUACCAAAAGUUCUGGGCUGGCUGCAGGAAUCACUCGGUGAGGUCCUUUGGCCAGGGUUAUGCAGGAGGUCAGGCCAGGUGGUCAGAAUGGUCCCUUCCGGUUAUAAACUCUACGAAUCCCUCACCCCCCGUCUGCUCAACUGUGGGAAGCAGAGUGUGAUAGAGACACAAAAUGAAGGAGUCACAUAAACGUAUCAAAGCAGGAAGAACUAAGACUAAGAGGCCACGUAGUCCUCGAAGUCAGCAGAUCUGGGUUGUAUUCCUGCCUCGGCUACUGACUGGCUGUGUGUCCUUGGACAAGUCCCUUUCCCAUCUGUGCCUCAGUUUACUCUCCUGCCCUUUCUGUUUUUCCUUGUGAGCCCUUUGGGACAGGGACUGUCCUUGCUCUGGGUGUGUGUUGCACCCGGCACAAUGGGGUCCUGAUCUGGGGUGGGCCUGUGGGUGUGACUGUAAUAGAAGUAACUAAUGAAUUAGGAAGCUUUAGCGUCAUUCACAGAUGACUCUGUCACCUCCUCCUUGUGCUGCUUUAUCCCUGCUGUAAGUGACGUCCCACAACCCAAGCCUGUUGGCUGAGCAAAAUGAGAUCUUAUCCUGAA